AUGUUUGUCAUCUCUAUCAACUCCUGUGUUAUUAAGCAGAACACAUUUGAUUUUAUCCUUAUAUCAAGAAGAAGUUGUUUCAGGGCAGGCACACGUUAUUUCAUUCGAGGGCUUGAUGCUGAAGGAAAUGCUGCAAAUUAUGUUGAAACUGAGCAGAUUACUCAGUUUGAAUCCGGAGCAUGUUCUUUUGUACAGACAAGAGGAUCCAUCCCACUGUUUUGGUCUCAGAGGCCCAACCUUAAAUACAAACCAGUACCUCUGCUAAAUCCUUCAGCUGACCAUAGAGGAGGAUUUGCUCUCCAUCUAGACAAAGAAAGAGUUUACUAUGGAGAACAUGUUUUAAUAAACCUUAUUGAUCAGAAAGGCCCAGAGAAGAUUUUAGGUGAUCGCUACACAGAGACUGUUAGUACAGUAGGGUUAACCGACAACUUCUUGAGAUAUGAGCCAUUCGAUUUCCAUAAAGAGUGCAGUAAAAUGAGAUGGGAAAGAUUGUCCAUUCUAACAGGCAAAUUAAAGGGAGAUCAGGACAAGUUUGGGUUUUUCUCUGUCCGAAGUAAAGAUGCUCAGAUUGACACUGAGCAAAAGGGAGUUUUCAGGACAAAUUGCAUAGACUCACUUGACAGAACAAAUGUUGUUCAAAGUCUGCUGGCAAGGAGAAGUCUUCAAGCACAGUGUGAGCGAUAUGAGAUUCUAAGCCCAGGAGAGAGAAUAGAGAGUUUCACAGGAAUGGAACAAGUAUUCAAGAAUGUCUGGGCAGAUAAUGCCGAUGCAUGUUCUGUGCAGUAUGCUGGAACAGGAGCUCUCAAAACAGAUUUUACAAGGACAGGAAAGCGUUCAGCACUUGGAGUGUUAAAGGAUGGUUUUAAUUCAGCUGUGCGAUAUUACAAGAACAAUUUUGCCGAUGGAUUUAGACAAGACUCAAUUGACUUGUUUCUUGGAAACUAUGUGGUAGACCCCAAUGAAGGAAUAUCCAAGCCAUCGCCUCUAGAAACUCACAGAGAUUGGAGGUUUAUGGCUCUUCCCAUGAUACUUUUGCUAGGAUUCUCCAUGUUUGUAAUCAGUGUUUUAAUUCCAUCAA